AUGGCAUCAUCUGAAUGGCACACACAUGUACAUGCAAUUCCUCAAAAUCUUAAUCAUUCUGAUUUCAUAUUUCUGAGUAUGUUCUUCCAAUACUUGACUUCAACAAUGUUUGAUGAAACCACAUGGCUCCCCUUAAGUGUGCCGCAACAACAAGCUACUCUAGAAAAUCGAGAUGACUCAAUGUAUAAAGAUGGAAAGUUGCGGGGAAAAUAUUCGGGAAAUUAA